AUGAUGGCAUCAUGAUUUCAUUCGAUUUGAUUGGCUCAGCAUGUCAGUUACAAAUUAGUCAAAGUUCAAAGUUUACUUUGGAUGAUUCAUAUUAUUUCAUUUGAGUUUAACUCAGGAAAAUGGAAUUUAAAUUUGAAUGUAGUUGAAUAAAUACUCAGUUUAUAAGGAACACCUGGCUAAAACACCAACCUCAUGAAGGGUAUUUUGUAAUGAUAAUAAUUAACUUUAUUUAUAGAGCACUUUUCAUACAAGAGGUGUAGUUCAAAGUGCUUUACAAUAAAAAUCCUUGAGGAACACAUCAAAUAUUCUGUUUUAAAAGAAUCAAACCAGAAAAUGUUUAUUCUCUAAAAAAUGUUAGACAUGAAAAUCAACAUAUAAAGUUAAUAAUACUGAAGAUGUUAAUAAGAGAAAAAGAAAAAAAGAAUCAAGUCCAACUUGUCUGAAACCUCUGAUGUAAAACACUUCCUCUGACACAAGAGAGGAGGGGCAGUGGCGGGACAAGGUGGAGAAGUGCUGCACGCCAUCAGACAGUAAACACACCUCCCUGCAGCUGCGUGGACAUGGCCGUCUUUCAUCUGAACGAAUCCGACGCCACCUUUGAAGUCGGUGAAUAUCAGCAAUUUCCCAAACCUGAGCCUGAGGACGCAGCUGCAGAGACGAGCAACAAACCGAAGUUGAGACAUGUCAGUACGGUUCUGCUGAGCUUCGGACUGCUGUGUGUUCUUCAGGCCGUUCUUAACAUCUCUCUGAGACUCGUCCUGAGUGAACCAGCUUUUAAAGGUGACACAAUGGAACACAGCUGUCCGCAGAGCUGGCUGAUGUUCGGCUCCAGCUGUUACUACAUCUCCUCACAGAGGAAGAGCUGGGACGACAGCCGGCAGGACUGUGUGCAGAGAAACGCUGACCUGGUCAUCAUCAACAGCCGACAGGAGCAGAACUUCCUGACUGGAUUCACCGCGGUGGCGUGGAUCGGGAUGACUGACAGGGAGGUGGAGGGCACUUGGAUCUGGGUGGAUGGAACACCGGUGGACAAAGACAGUCUGCUGUGGGCUCCUGGACAGCCUGACGGAUCAUCUGGAGGCGAAGACUGUGGCGACCUUCGUACAAUGAUUAAUUUCAUUGGUCUGAACGACUUAAAGUGCAGCACAAGAAACCAGUGGAUCUGUGAGAAGACAUUAACAUAGUUGAACCUCUGUAUGUGAGUUUACCCCCCCCCCACCUUCCUCAGCUGUUCUUUCAUCUUUUGUACAAAUAAAAGAACAUCAGAACCGCAGAACGAUAAGUCUUUGUUGAGCAACAAUAUACUGUCAAUC